UUUUUAUUUUAAUUUAACUAUCAAAACAAUUCAACGAAGCACACAUCGUUAAACGAAAUUGUUGGGUCACAUGACUGUCAUGUGAUCUAACCAAAAAAAUUGAAGAAUGGCAUCCUCAGUGAAAUUAGCUCCACUUCCUCAAAUAGAAAAGCUUUCAGAACGUGUAAUCAGGGUAUUAGGAUGUAAUGCAAGACCAAUGACAUUACAAGGCACAAAUUCUUACUUGAUUGGUAAAGGUGACAGGAGAAUACUUUUGGAUACCACAGAUCCAGGCACACCUGAUUAUAUCAAGAAUUUACAGAAUGCCUUAUCACAACACAAAUGUGGCAUACAGGAAAUAAUUAUCUCUCACUGGCAUGCUGACCAUUGUGGAAGUGUUCCUGAUGUAUGUAACCAAGUCACAAAAUCUCAAGAGACCAUUGUAUCAAAAUUCAAAAGAAUAUCUCAACAGGACCUAGACAUCUCUCCAGCAAAGUACACAUUUGUGGAAAACAACACAGUUUUUAAAACAGAGGGUGCUACUUUGAGAGCUAUACAUACACCAGGACACACAGAAGAACACAUGGCACUAUACCUCGAGGAAGAGAAUGCUGUGUUUUCUGGUGAUACAGUACUAGGGGAGACAACUGCAGUAUUUGAAGAUCUACAGACAUACAUGGGAUCUCUCCAGAAAAUACUUGAUCUGAAUCCAGCAGUUAUCUACCCUUCUCACGGUUCUGUGAUAAACGAUCCCACAGACAAAUUAAAAGAAUACAUAGCUCACAGAAUGAACAGAGAACAACAGAUUUUACAUUGUCUGAAAGAACUAAAUCAACCAAUGACGGCUGAGGAGUUAGUAGAGAAAAUAUAUGAGGAUUUGAAUCCAAUGUUAAAGAUGGCAGCAGCAAAUAAUGUUAUUCAUCAUCUGGAAAAGCUGGUUAAAGAUGGCUUUGCAGACAAAAUUGAAGAAGAGGACACCAGGUGGCUUCUGAAGAAAACUGGGAACCUGUAAAAUUGAUCUGGUACUCUAAAGAAAGCAGGGAACCUGUAAAAUUGAUCUGGUGCAUCCUGAUAGAUGUUUUGGUGCCAUUAUAUGGACUUUUAAGUGUAUUGAAAAUUACACGGUAACACCCACAGUUUUAGUUUGUUGAACUUGAACCAAUGUAUUGUGAACUAUGACCUUUUGAGUGAUUAAUUGGAUUUAGGUUGUAUCCUGUUUCUCUGUAGAACAGAUUUGAGGGACCUGUAUUUUGAUAUUAAGAUAACAGAGUUAGACUACUGUGGAUUCAUUUAUUUUCUUGGGUACCAAUUUUUCAUGGAUUGAGGAAAACUUGCAUUUUCGGGAAUAUUUGAUUUUGUGGUUUAACAAACAUUAGCAUACAGGCCUAUACAAAAUUUGUACUUCUUUGAAGAUUUAAAUUUUUGGUUCACAUGUACCCACGAAAUCCACAAAAAAGUAUGUAUCCCAUGAAUAAUCAUGAAUCCACAGUACAUGGUUUUAUAUUGUUUUAUGUCAUAAUUGAUUUGUUAUGUUUUUAAGUGGCAAAAUUUGUUAUCAAUUUCUGCUCUUUUGUAAUUUAAAGAUGCAUUUGAAAUCAUUGGUUGAAACUUUGAUUUUUAUGUGUAUCAUUGGUUGAAACUUUGAUUUUUAUGUGUAUCAUUGGUUGAACUUUGAUUUUUAUGUGUAUUAUGGGUUUUAAGUUAUAUUCUUGGUUUAUUAUAAUGAGGAUAUGCUCAAUUAUGACAGAAAAUUAUUACAAGAUUAAAAUCCCAUUUUCUCCUUAAUUUAGGAUAUAAAUCCUGUUUAAUUUUUGUGUAGAGCACAAAUUGGUAACAACAUCUAAAGUUGAUUUAUUGUUUAAUUUGUUAUCAUAUUUAUAUUCUGGUGUAAUAUUUGCAACUGGAUUUUAAGCUAAGAAUUUUAGAGAAGAAAUCUUAUAAUGUUUACCAAAUCUUAACACAAAAUAUUCAACUUUCAUCCUGGUCUUUUAAGAGAUCAUGUGAUCAAAUGUUAGACAGAAUUCCUACGUGUAUUGAGAUUAAUAUAUAGUUGUAAAUGGCAAACAUUUAGUAAUACAUGUAUAAAUUGUCCUUUCAUCAGUGAGUAUACCAAUCCACCUACCCUCAUAUUUUAUUCUUCUACAUUGUGAACAAGUUCACUUUUACCAAUUCUCUCAAAAUAUUCACAUCAUCCUAGAAUUGAUUUCCUCUGUAUGACAUUUUGUGGCAGCUGUGAGACUUGUUUGUGCUGUUUCUAGCAUUUGCUGCUUUGACAGGGUCAACAAUUGUUUAAGGGGUCUUUACAGAUGUUCGCUCCUCUGUUUCAAAAUAACAAGCUUUUUAAACGACUGUUGUAAAUUGAUAGUAAAUAAAUAACGGAUCUAAAAAAGCAGAAAAAAAAAUUAAAGGUCUGUGUCCUUGCUUUUGAGACGUAAUCAAAUUAAAAUUUGGCGGGAAAUGAUUCUCUAGAUUUUUCAUACAUUUAGCAUUGGCACUUUUUUCAUUCAAAAACUAUGAAAAAAUAACAAGGAUUUUAUAUGAUUUUUAAAAAUGGCUUUUUAAACUAUUUGUAAUAAAAAUAUGAAAAGAAAAGUAGGGGUUAGCGGGCAAAAUUUUUAUUGGCACUGCAUGGUUAAAACUAAAGGAUUCUGAAUAUCUGACAAAAAGACAAGACAUAGUUUAAAUGUUUAAUGAGGAGAGAAGCAAUUUAUAUAAUAUGUUUUUGUUUUAUAAGAAAUUUAACAGAGAGAAGAAUUAUAUAUAUAUAAUCAAGAGCAAGAUGUCUUUUGUUUUAUAAGAAAAAAGAAAGAAAAAAAAACUAAAUGAAAAAAAGGAAAGAUAUAAAAAAUAUUGACUUGAAGAAUUGUCAACCUUUGGGUGUAAGUUUUGCAGGGUAAAUGAUAAACUCCUAAUCAAACAAUCAGACCUUAGGUUGACAAUUCUGAAUUUCUACAGAAAUAAUGGCAUGUACUGUAUUCUUCCUGUGUGAAAAGAUAAUGGGGCCAUUGUUGUAUAAUUCCUGUGUGAAACGAAAAUUAGGGUCAUCAAUGUACGAUUUUUGUGUACUAGGGGGGUGUUUAAUGACCUUGACUACCCAUGAGUGUCUCACACGGUUGGCUUUUGUGUGAAAAGAAAUCAAUUAAACUAGAUUUUAACAAAAUACAGAAGUUUUAAGUUUACAAUAGUUGUUUUUUUCAGUGUUAAUAGUUUUAAUGGCUACAAAUUGCUUACUGUAUAUUCAGAAAUUAUUGCGUGCAUUUAUUAUUGCAAUUUUUGAAGUCUGAACUAAAAUGUGAGAUUUACUUUUGCGAUUUCAGAAUAGUUUCAUCCAGAUAUAUUUAUCAGAUAUCAGAAUGCGAGUUUUUAUUAUUGCAAUACUCACCAGGUUGCAUUUUUCGCAUUAAUCAAAACCUCACAAUAGUUUCUGAAUUUACAGUAUUAUGGAGACAAAAAAUAACAAUAAAAGUAAUGAUUUAAAAAUGGUCUCAUAACUUAUUUUGUUAACAACAGUAUUGAAAUAUAGUGUUUUAACCAAAGCAUUAGAUAGUAUUUUGUUAACCAUAGUAUUUUAAAAUUGUAUUGUUUUAUCUAACCAAGAUGUAUAUUAAAGUACAUAAUAUUCUUUUACUAACAACAAUGUCAUUAUGCUGAACAGUGAAUCGGUCUUUAGAGACCUCCGUCUUAUGAACAACUGUUUCAUAGUUUUCAAUACCUAUAUAGGUAGACCUGUUUUUAGAGAUCAGUUGUCAUGAUUUGCAGAAGAGGAGGACUCUCAGGAAAAAAUAAACUGUACAUUUGGCAGGGGUCUUCUUUGGUCUAUAAAUUUAAGCAUGUCAAAUUAUUUUAAAAGAUAUUUUAAACACUAGGGAAAAAAUUGCAUCAGCACUGAGAUAAUCUCUUUUGAAAUUCAGCCAUAUUAAGAAUACUGUCAAGAUAAAAGCCCUGUUCAUUGAUAAUUUUCUAUGUUUUCUGUGUAUUGUGUGCGAUUUUGUCCCAUGUACAUUUACUCCAAAUCCUUUCAUUUUCUAUAAGGUGGAAUUAUUUUCCAAAAGGUUUAUUUUUGCUAAUUUGAAAACAUCCCUUCCCUUAACUUUAUAAUCUUUAAGGAAGAACAAUAUCAAGGAUAAGAAAAACGUAAUAAUAAAACCCUCCUAUUUUUGGGAUUCAUUUCUAAGGAAACAAUAAUAAAUCAUCCCAAUGUUCCCAAUAGGGUUUUCAUCAAUAUAGAUGGUUAUUAAAAAGGGUCUGGAUGGGGUUCACAGACUAAAGAAUAAUGAGCAAAUAUGACAGAAAAAUGGGGAAAAAAUAAAGAAUAGAGAAAAAUAGGCCAAAAAAUACAGUUUAGAAAAAAUAAUGUGAACUUAAAUAUAAAGAAUGGAGAAAAACACAAAAUUUAUAAAGAAUAGAGAAAAUGUCCUAAAAAUAGAAACAAAAGAAAAAGACAAACCCCCCAAAUCCAGACCCUCAUUAAAGUAAAGUAACUUUUUGGUACUGGCUUCUGCUCAUUGUUUCCAAAUUGAUAAAACAAUUUAGGGCUGAUCAAAAACUUGUAUUCAAGAUUAUGUUUUAUUCAGAUUUGUUAUAAAAAGUUUGAAAAUAUAACUUCAAAAUGAAAUUUCAUUUUUCACUGACUAUAGGGCCAACUAGAUAUGAAUACUCCCCUUGUUAUAUUAUUAAGUAUUAUAUUAAUCAAGAUUGUAGUCAUAAGGUCUUUUAGUGGUUUGAUGUUUUAUAAUGUCCCAGUAAUCAAAAUAUGAUGAAAAUCAGUUUGUUACAUUUUGUUAAAUGAUAUGAAAAUGAGAAUAAAAACAUGUUUAAAACAUU